UUGGGGCAAGUUACUGUUCAGACGCCAUUCUAAAAACUACAAGCCAUCCAUUAUUGAGUGACGCACAAUUACCUUGCAUCAGCGUUUGUGCGUGGAUCGUACUUACCGGCAAAGUUGUCACAUAUUAGCCACAUUAGCCUGAUUAAAAGUAGAUAUUUCCACAACCAAGUCAUCAGCCAACGGCCAAAUGAAGCUCUUCGUUAGCGAAGGCAACCCACAAAGCCUAAAAGUGUUGGCUGCUCUAGACACAGCAGGAGUGCAAUGUGACGUCCAGUUUGUUAACCACGAAGAGAAACUCGUUCCUUUCCUGAGCCGUCCAACUUUGCCAGUCCUACUCCUUCCUAAUGGACAUCACCUUUUCAGCCCCAAUGCCAUAUGUCGUUACAUGUUUGAAGUGAGCGGACAAGAAUGGCACGAGGCUUGCGAUCAGUGGCUUGAAUGGGAGGCCACAGAACUCCAGCCUGCCCUGCUUCAAGCCCUUCACAUGGCGGUGCUUCAGGGGAAAGAAUCCGAGGCCACCAAAGUCCUCACAGGGCCCCUCACUUACUUGGACCAAAGCUUGAGCAAGGCUACAACGCCUUAUUUAACUGGGGAAGUUGUUUCAGUCGCUGAUCUUGUUUUGUGUGCCGCGCUGCAACCGAUUAUGUCCACACCAACUCUCACUUCAGGUGAACACAAAUCUUUGAAGGUUUGGUUCGACCAUGUGGCUUCCUUGCAGAGCUGCGUGUCGGCAUCUCACAAAGUGCUGCAGGGUAAAGGCCUGCAGGCGAUGAAGAGCUUCAUGCAGAGGCAGCCUGCGCCACAGAGCGGCCAGUGUCAAAGCAGCAUGCUGCCUUGCAACAGCAGCUCUGCUGAGAGUGAGGAAGGGGAACGUGCAGUGUCACAGGAAGAGAUGGAAGCUGCUGUACUCAUCUGGAACAAAGGUUCAAAUGUUCCUUCGGCUACUACAGACAGACUCCAUCCGAUUCUGCCGCAGGAGGGCAAACGAAACAUCCUGCUGACCAGCGCCUUGCCCUACGUCAACAACGUGCCUCAUCUGGGCAACAUCAUUGGCUGUGUUCUCAGCGCCGACGUCUUCUCCAGGUACGGCCGACUGCGAGGCUGGAAUUUGCUGUUUGUGUGUGGGACAGAUGAGUACGGCACGGCCACAGAAAACAAAGCCCGCGAGGAAGGCCUGACACCGCAGCAGAUCUGUGACAAAUACCACGCCAUUCACGCGAGCAUCUACGAGUGGUUCCAGAUCGACUUUGAUUUCUUUGGAAGAACCACAACUGAGAAGCAGACAGAGAUUGCACAGAACAUUUUCUGGAGGCUUCACAAGAAUGACUUUCUGGUAGAAGACAUGGUAGAGCAGCUCCGGUGCGAGAAAUGCCAGCGUUUUCUUGCCGACCGUUUCGUAGAAGGCACCUGCCCCCAUUGCAACUACCCGGACGCCCGCGGUGACCAAUGCGACAAGUGUGGGCGACUCAUCAACGCAGUGGAACUCAAGGCACCUCACUGUAAAGUGUGUGGACAAACUCCAGUAAUCCGCUCAUCCAAACAUCUUUUUCUGGACCUUCCAAAGUUAGAGCCUCAAUUAGAGCAAUGGCUGGAUAAAUCCACUAGCAGCGGAGACUGGACAGCAAAUGCCAAACAAAUCACUCGCUCUUGGCUCAGGGAUGGACUCAAACCUCGCUGCAUAACCAGAGACCUCCGCUGGGGAACGCCAGUACCUCACCCGGACUUUAAAGAAAAGGUUUUCUAUGUGUGGUUCGACGCCCCCAUCGGUUAUGUUUCUAUCACUGCCAACUACACUGACAAAUGGGAACAGUGGUGGAAGAAUCCAGAUAAGGUGGAGCUGUACAACUUCAUGGCCAAAGACAACGUGCCGUUCCACAGUGUGGUGUUUCCCUGCUCCCUCUUGGGAGCUCAAGACAACUACACACUGGUUAAUCACUUAGUCGCCACUGAAUAUCUGAAUUAUGAAGACACAAAAUUCUCCAAGAGCCGUGGCGUCGGCGUCUUUGGUGACAUGGCAAAGGAUACAGGCAUCCCGUCUGACGUGUGGCGCUUCUACCUGCUCUACGUUCGUCCCGAAGGGCAGGACUCGACGUUCUCGUGGGCCGACAUGGCUCUGAAAAACAACUCUGAGCUGCUCAACAAUUUGGGGAACUUCAUUAACAGAGCCGGCAUGUUUGUUUCAAAGUUCUUUGAUGGCUGUGUGCCUGCGAUGGAGCUGCUGCAGGAAGAUAAGAAGCUCUUGGCUUUAGUGGGCUGGGAGCUGCAGCAGUACAUCCAACUCAUGGACAAAGUCAAAAUCCGUGACGCUCUGAAGCACAUUCUCAACAUCUCUCGCCAUGGCAACCAGUACAUCCAAGUAAAUGAACCUUGGAAGAAGAUCAAGGGAGGAGAUGGAGAAAGGCAGCGUGCAGGCACAGUCACUGGCGUGUCUGUCAAUGUCGCCUGCCUGCUAUCCGUCAUGCUGCUGCCUUACAUGCCAGCGGUCAGCCAAACCAUUAGGGAUCAACUCAACGCGCCUCAUUCUUGCGUCAACACCUUGCUGUUUGACAAGGGCGCCUUCACGCGCGUCCUCAACGCCGGCCACCGAAUUGGCAACGUGAGUCCAUUGUUCCAAAAACUGGAGGUGGAGCAGAUUGAAGCUUUGAAGAAGAAAUUUGGUGGACAGCAGCCUGAAGAUGAACCACCAAACAAGAAGACGCCGGCUCAAAACGCUGCCGGCCAUACUCCGUCCGCCCCUGCAAUGGAAGUGAAUGCCAGCAUAGACCCAGAGAAAGCACGGCAGCUGACGCAUGCUGUGGCUGAGCAGGGAGAAAAAGUGCGAGCCCUGAAAGCGCAGAAGGCCGACAAGGCGGUAAUAACAGCCGAGGUGUCUAAAUUGUUGGAGCUGAAAAAGCAGUUGGCACUGGCAGAAGGCAAGAGCCCUGAACCCGCACCUAUCAAGGGCAAGAAGAAGUGAGAUAUGGCACAAAAAUCAAACGGUGGAGGUGGUGGGAAUAAGAGUGAGAAAGUAAUAGCAGAAAAAGGGGAACAUGAUGUACAUGGCGAGAUGAGGAUGUUAGCCAAAGGCAAAGCCGUGACGGGAUCUGAGACAACACGGCGUUGGCACCGAGGGCUAAUGAAUGCUAGCGAGGCCGGCGGGGAAAUGAAAACACACAAAGGGAGCCAAAUGAAUUCUGCUACAGAAUGGAGGGAUUUGGGAAAAAUCCCUACACCAAGAGAAACUGAUUUGAUACUCUUCCUGUUAUAUACUCAACAUAUCACAUCAGCCCCACAAGGUGUGCAAUUGAAAAGAUUUUUAUAGCACAUUAAAAUUACUUGGCUACCAAUUUAUCUUGUGAAAAGCUAAAAUUGGUCCCUAUAUACUGUGAUGCCAUGUACCUCCUUGUCAAUCAUGUUUUCACCUUGUAAUAAAUACAAAUCUUGCAUUAAGAAGCAACAAAAAUCCUUCUUUUUAUUACAAAUUUGGGAUUACAGUGACAGAUAUAAAUGUUAACAAAUGACAUUAUCAUUUAAUUAAAAAAACAUGCAUAUCCAUGUAUGAUUAAAAAUGUAACUAGAAUAAGAAAGUAGAAAUG